CCCUCUCCUGAAAUCGGCUUCUCCCAUUACCCGCCCCUUCUCUGUUCUCCGCCUGCGCAGCCUCGCCCCUCCGUCGCGGUGACGGGCAGGCGAUAGAGGACGGAGUUGAUGGCGGCUGCGCGGUACAGGCGCUGGCCUCGGUAGGCGCAGGGUUGGGUUGAUGCAAAAGAGACCGCCGGCGGCCCUUUGGGGUGUCUUUAAGAAGCUGGUCAUUCAAGCUUGUUCCGAAGAUCCUCACCAAAUUGGCUCCUAAUGGCGCAAAGAUGACUUUCAAUGUGCAAGGGGCAACUGUGAAGGCAGAGGAAACUGAACAACCUUCAACUGAGGUGCAGUGACAUUUGAGGGAAAUUAGAUUCUGCCUCUGACACAUCUGAGUGAAGAGACCAAACAUGUCAGGAAUCAAGAGAACUAUAAAGGAGAUGGACCCAGACUAUGAGGAGAUCUCACUUGCACCUACAAAUAAACGUCACAAAGCAGUUGAACAGUCAGCCCGAGAUGCUGCAGUACAGAAGAUUGAGGCAAUUAUUAAAGAACAAUUUUCUGUAGAAAUGAAGAAUAAAGAACAUGAGAUUGAAGUCAUAGAUCAGCGCUUGAUUGAGGCAAGAAGAAUGAUGGAUAAACUACGUGCCUGCAUUGUUGCAAACUACUAUGCUUCUGCUGGUCUUCUUAAAGUUGGAGAGGGCACCAAGGCCUGUGAUCCUAUGGUUUUUAAUCAUCCAUCCAUCAAGAAAUUUUUGGAAUCUCCCUCCAGAUCAUCAUCUCCUGCUAAUCAGGGGUCAGAAACUCUGUCAGUUAACCAUUCAGAGAGUGAAUCAUCCCAGCACAUGGAUUGUUCAAUUGGAAAGGACAAUGGCAACCUGGAUGUGGGAGAAAGAUUAUCAAACAAGCUCGAUCAGAGACUGAGCAAGAAUUCUGGACAGGGCACUUCAGGCGUUGCAAGAGGUGACAAGGUGGGGCUAAGAAAUGCUGGUCUCUCAAAUGAUGAACAUUCACGGCUCUAUGUGAAGAAGACCAUAGUGGUUGGCAAUGUAUCCAAAUACAUCCCUCCUGACAAAAGAGAAGAGAAUGACCAGUCCACUCAUAAAUGGAUGGUGUAUGUACGAGGAUCCCGAAGAGAACCCAGCAUUGAUCAUUUUGUUAAGAAAGUCUGGUUCUUCCUUCAUCCCAGCUACAAACCUAAUGAUCUGGUCGAAGUCAGAGAGCCUCCUUUCCACUUGACCAGACGGGGCUGGGGAGAGUUUCCUGUAAGGGUUCAGAUUCACUUUAAAGACAGCCGAAACAAAAGAAUUGAUAUCAUACACCAUCUGAAGUUGGAUAGAACAUACACUGGUCUACAGACGCUAGGUGCUGAAACGGUGGUGGACGUUGAAUUGCAUCGGCAUUCAUUUAGAGAAGAAUAUUUCUUCUCUCAGUCUUCAGAUUCUGAUCUUUCUGAUGCCCCCACCUCAUUGCAUUUGCCAUUAAAUAUGCCAGCACCUGUGAAAGCAUCUUCACCAAUAAAGCAAAUGCAUGAAGCCAUUACACAUGCUUCUGUUGAAAAAGGGUUCAGAAGUGAAGCUGAAAGGCAUACAACGUUUUAUUCCUUGCCGUCGUCUUUAGAACGGACUCCCACAAAACUGACUUCCCAGAAAGUUGCUUUUGGUUCUCAUGGCAACUCAGCUUUUCAGCCAAUUGCAGCUAGUUGCAAAAUAGUGCCUCAGAGUCAAAUCCCAAGCCCUGCCGAAUCUCCGGGCAAGUCUUUCCAGCCCAUCACCAUGAGCUGCAAGAUUGUGUCAGGUUCUCCAAUAUCAACCCCAAGUCCAUCUCCACUACCUCGUACCCCAACUUCCACUCCUGUGCAUAUGAAGCAAGGGACCCCCACUCCUAUAGUCAAUAACCCUUAUGUUAUUGUGGACAAGCCUGUUCAUCCAGUUGGAGCAGUGGCCACAAGCACAAGUAGCCCUGCAAGUAAGGUUACAAGUGUUUCUCAAGCCUCUCAUGGAACGGGGUCUCCAGUCUCAAAGAUCCAUGGGAGCAGUUUUGUGACCUCUGCUGUCAAGCAGGAAGACUCGCUCUUUGCAACCAUGCCACCUCUUUGUCCAAUUGGAAGUCACUCCAAGAUACAAAGCCCUAAAUCUAUGACAGGAGGAUUUGGGACAUUUACAAAGGUGAUAAUCAAGCAAGAGCCCGGGGAACUGCCCCAACAGUCUGCAGCACCAGCAACCGGGACAACCUCUCAAACUCCGGUGCAGCAAUAUGUUACUGUAAAAGGGAGCCACAUGAUUGCUUUGUCACCCCAGAAGCAGAUUGUGAGCACUGGAGAAGGAGCCACGUCAUCUAAGGUCAUUGGUGUUCCAGUAGGGUCUGCUUUACCCAAGCAAGCUGUGGCCAUCGGUGGUGGGCAGAUACUAGUAGCAAAAUCCACCCCUUCAGUAGCAAAGGCCAUUGGUGGGAAACAGGUCGUAACCCAAGGAGUUGCAAAGGCAAUUGUGAGUGGCGGCGGAGGGACCAUCGUUGCUCAACCUGUGCAAACUUUAACGAAAGCUCAGGUGCCCUCAACAGGAGCUUCCAAAAGUGGGUCCCAAGGGUCAGUGAUGGCAACACUGCAAUUACCAGCCACAAACUUGGCCAACUUGGCAAAUCUACCCCCUGGUACUAAACUGUACCUUACCACAAACAGCAAGAACCCUUCUGGGAAAGGAAAACUGCUGCUUAUACCUCAAGGAGCCAUUCUGCGAGCCACAAAUAAUGCCAAUCUGCAGUCAAGCUCUACAGCAAGUGGAAGUGGAGGAGCCCAAAGCACAAGCACUGGCUUGUCUCAGCAUCUUACCUACACUUCCUACAUCCUCAAACAAACACCACAGGGCACCUUUUUAGUUGGCCAACCAUCUCACCAAAGUUCUGCAAAACAAGCAACUUCUGGAACAGUUGUCCAAGGUAAUGCAAGUGCUGGGACAUCAUCUGCACAAGGACAUCAGGCAUUGAAAGUAAUCACUGGACACAAAACUGCGGCUGUAUUUGCACAGGCAGCUUCCAGUGGACAAGCUUCACUGAUGAAAAUAUCUGAUAAUACACUGAAAUCCUUACCAGCGUCAUCACAGCUCUCAAAACCCGGCACCACUGUGCUAAGAGUAUCCGGUGGUGUGAUCACUGCAGCAGCAACAUCGGCUGUGACGCUGCCAUCAAAUGGACUUGCACAGCAAGCAGACGGUGCAAGUUCUAGCUCAUCCCCAGCUGCAGGCCCUGUAGUGAAGGCCCCUGGACAGCAGCAUCAACUUCCCGUCAGCCAUGGGCAGCAGACAUCAGCUGUGCCUAAUAAAACAAAUGCAUCUGCAGUUGUAAGCAUUGCUUCUUGGGUGACUGCCCCAGCCCCAACAUCUGGCAAAACUGCAGUAUCAGGGUUGUUAAAGAUCCACUCCAGUCAAAAUAAUCCACAGCAGGCUAUUUUGACAGUGCCCAGCCAACUCAAGCAACUGGGUAUGAGUGCUGCUUCUGGAGGAGUCCAGACUAUAUUGAUGCCUAUGAACAAAGUGAUUCAGUCACUUUCUUCCAGCAAAGUAUCUGCAGUUACACCAGUAACUUCAACUAAUGCAGUUGUUCCAAGCUCUUCUGCAGUGCCUCCUACAAAAGUUAAGCUGGAGCAUGAUUCAGCAGGACAGAGCUGCAGUUCACUGGUCUCCCAAGAUGGUCAGGUGACAGUAAAAGCAGAGGAGAGCUCUGAACUUGGAAAUUAUGUCAUUGGGACAGAAUAUUUAGACAACCUCCAUCAACUUUUGACAGCCAUAGUGAAGAAAGUUCCGUUAAUUGCAGAGAGAACUGAAGAUGCUAAUUCUUUCUGUGCCGGUUCUGUGGAACGGUAUUAUAGCUGGAAUAUUGGAAAACGGAGAGCCACAGAGUGGCAACGAGCACUGACAAUAAGGAAAAUCCUCCAAGAAAUCUUAGAGAAACAUCCUAAAUUCCACAGCAUUGUCCCUUUGAAAACAAAGCAGGUUGUACAUUGGUGUCGCUCCCGUGGCUAUACACCACCUGACCCAGAAACUCUGAGGAAUGAAGAUUCCAUAGAGGAUGUGCUGACACAAAUAGACAGUGAGCCAGAAUGCUCAUCGUCUUACACCACUGGGGAAGAGUUAUGUCGAAAGCUUGAAGAGUUGGACCGGUUCCUCAAGCAAGAGCCCGACAAUGAUGAGGAAGUAGACAUUCUCAACAUUGGUGAGCCUCUGAAAAUAAACAUUAAAAAGGAACCAGAAGAGAAGCAAGAAGAAGCAAAAUUCUACUUGGCACCCCAGCCUUCAUCAGAAUUUGUGCGCGAGACAGUACAGCAGAUAGGAAUUUCCUUUCAGCCUGUAGAGCUGCACAAGAAUAUCUAUGCAUCAGUAAUAGAAGAUAUGAUUUUAAAGGCCACAGAACAACUGGCAAGUGAUAUACUAAGAGAAGCAUUGGCAGUUGGCUGCCAAGCAGCACCUCGCAACAGGAUUCCAAGAGAGAUCACAGUAAUGAACAUUCACCAAGCCAUAUGUAACAUUCCCUUUCUGGACUUCCUUACAAAUAAGCAUAUGGGAAUAUUGAGUGAUGAACAGUGAACUCUGUUGGAAAGCAACAUGAAUGCCAGACCUUGGCACAAUUCCAUUGUGUUCAAAUAUAUAUUUUUAGUGUUUGGGCUUCUUUGUAUACUACAAAUUAAUGUUUCAAAUUAAAAAAAAAUUGAGAAGCUUCAAAACAAUUACUGUUUUUUCAGGAAAGCAUACUUUAUUUUUUAAAUUGGUUCCAAAUUCAGCUGCCUGAUUUCAUUGGCAGUUGCUCCUAGGUCACCUUGCUUUGGAAGUUAUGAUAGUACAUUAAAGCAUAUCUGAGACACGCUUUCACAUCAAAGUGAUUAAUUGCACAGGCCUCAGUACGUAUAACCAAAAAAUAAAUGCAAGCUUCCCUAACUCUCCUCAGAGACUAGCUGCUUCUGACAUUGAGAUGAAAUGCAUAGUCAUAAGCAAUGUGCUGGUUCAGAUGUAAUGCUAAACCAUAGUUUAGCCUUCCUCCCCCCCAAAAAAACAGCACCUUGCACUCCCCUCUUCUCUUCCAGCAUGCCCAAGAUGAAGAGUUUAGAAGCUUUUGCUUCCAUUUUAGAUUAACCACAGGGUACUAUGUUACCCAAACCCAGACAAACUGUGGCUAAUCUUAACUAUGGUUAAUGGAAACAAUCCAAAUUCAAACUAUAGUUCAUGAAGCUGGCUUGUUUUCACUAACCAUAUUUAACCAGGGCUGGCACCAGAGGGCAGCCAGGGUGAUCCCUGGCCAAGGGCCCCUGCGGACCCCUGAAGGGCUUCUUUAAGGUGGGAGGGUGACGUUCCCAUUCCGUGAUCCACAGCAGCAUCAGGUCCUGCAACCCAAACCUGCUGUGGAUCACGGAGAAGGAGGUUCCAGGCAUCCCCCAAAUACAGACAGCACGGGCUUCAAUAAGCCCACGUGCAUGCCCCAUCUACCUCUCCCAUCAGUGUGAAUGCCAAUGUGUACAUGCCUACCGUCACCCAGGAUGGUGGUGGGGGCUUCCCUAAGGGACUGAUGCCCCCGCCGCCAUCUUGGGUGAUGGCAGGCAUGCGUGCUAUGCAUGCAUGUCAUUCAUGACACUAGAGGUAGGUGGGGCAUGUGGGCGGACUUAUUAGCCCUGGGUAUGGGGAGGUUAUUGGGCUAUGGCAUCAUGGGCCUGGGGCAGGCUGGUGCCUGCUCAGUAUUUAACAAUAGCCUUUGUUUAGGGUUUGGUUAAACUGUGGUUAAUCUAAAAUGGAAGGAUAAGCUUCUGUUGUCUUUGUGGCUGCACCAAAGGAGGGGAAGCAUGCAAGCCUCAUGGGAGACACAUUCUUAGAACAUUAUACCAUGAUUUAGCAUUGCAUACAGAUAGAGCCAGUGAGCGACUUAAGACAGGUAUAAAGAGAGGCAGCAAACAAUCCAGUUAUGGUGCAAGAUGACAAACCAAACAUAGUAAAUGGAAGUCUGGAAUAGGUUGGAAGCUUGUCCAAGUUGACAAUCAGAAAUUAGUCAUAAGGAAGUUGUUGCAUCCCCUCAUAUCACUUGCCUAGUCAUGCUGCAAGAAAUAAUGUUCUGCUCCUCCCCCCCCAUGGGCCACCACAGGAUCUUUUAACUGACAAGCAAAAAUACCAAGUAAAGUUAGAGCAUAGUGAACUUUCUCUUAUUUUAUUUUUUGCUCAAUUUGUUCAAAUUUUAUUUGGUUUUAAAAUCUUAAAUUAUGAACAGCCAUCACAAAUUUUCAUUUGAAUUCCUAUUAAUAAUAGGAAUUGUUUAGCCCAGAUUAAAGUAGGAAAUUGAAAUAUAAUACUUUUGCUGGGAGAAUAUUUUAUUCAUUAUUUGUCAGUUUUCAUAUGUGUGGCUCCCAGUAUAUUUAGGGAAUUAGGAAGAACUGUUUUAAAAAUAAUUUUUUUAAAAAAAUCAGUCCAUUUGGUGACCCAGAUACUGUCUACGUAAGCUCCAUCCUCUUGUGAUUUUCCCUGAAAACUGGUGCUAUGCCAUGCUCAAAAUUUCCCCUGCAUUUUGUCUAGCAUUCUCAGUGACCAAAUUAUCAAAGGGGAGAGACAUUUUAGUUAAAUUCUGCUGGGGAUGCGUGUGUGCAGAGUUUUUGUUUUGAUUAGCUUGCUUUGAAGUGGCUUGGAGUGUUUCAUUCUACAAGUCAUCACUCUAAUGUUGCAUUCUGCAGCCUUCCUGGGUUCCUGCACUUCCUGAAAACCACAUAAUAUCCUCAACUGGGCUUUUGUAUAAGGGAGGAGUGGGGAACCUGCAGCCUCAAGGCAAUUAUGGCCACCCAGGGGGUCCAAUUUGGCUCACAAGGCCAUUUUCCCAAACCACUCUCAUCUACCCCCAUCUGCUAACAUCACUAGGAAAGGGUUUAAUCCUGCAUUGGCUGGGUGAUCCUGUUCCCAGUACAGAACAAGACCUUGUAACCAAGGCAGCAGGAUUUCAUCCCUGUUCAUCAGCUGAGCAGGAACUAAAGCCCUGUGCAAAAGCACCCUUUGAAGCAGCUUGCAUACACGACCCACCUCAAACAGGCUUUUGCAAAGGCUUUAAGACAGCUCUUGCAUUCCUGUUUGCUCAAAUGAGAGAGUGGGGGCUACCUUAAAGCCUUUUGCAAGUUCCCCCCUUUGAGUUCCAAAUCAUGGAGACUUAAAAGGGAACUUCAAGGGGCUUUGACAGGUAAGCGACUCUACCCACCUGUCAAAUGUGGCCCAUGAAGCAGAUAAAGAUCUGGCCUGUGGAACCAAAAAGGUUCCUCACCCCUGCUAUAAGGGCAGAAGGCAAGGAUGCUGCCUACCAUGUUGCCUGAACACUUCAAUUUUUUUAAAAUAAAAAAUGUCUUGUUUUUUGUGAAAUCAGUGCAGCAAGCUUUUAAAAAUAAAAAAGGUAAAAUGAAGGGGGCUUCUCUUGAAAAUAAAAUCAGUGUGCGCACUGAUUUCAGAUGCUCAGUAGCUACACACACAUCCCUGCAUCCCACAGUUUAAUUAAAACUCAGGAAGACAUUGUGAGAUAACUCCUCCCAUGGGGCUGUUUUGAGAUCUGGAAGUGCCGGCAGUUGGGGAAGCUGCAGAGCUUUGGAGAAAUGCUUAAUGGGAAGAAAAAAUACGCACACCAACCCCAGACACUUUGAAUGAUAAAAUAUGCUAACAAAAAAACACAGCAAAAAUAUUAAGAAAUUCUAAAGCGCCUUGAAAAAGAGGCAGAUGAAGAAAACUUGAGAAAUAGGACAGGUUUUGGCACAGUACUACUGAAAACAAUCUACCAAAGAGAGGCUGUUAUCUGGAGGUAGCAAAGGAGCCAUUUCUCCAUUGGAAUUUAGCAUGCUUCAAGUUUGACUUUUUUUUAACUUGGGCAAACUUUUCUUUCAUUGGGAUAUUAAAACGUUGCCCAGCAGUUACUCUAGACUGGUUUCUCUAACAAGUCUUUUCAGUGAAGCUGAAGUAAUAAGCUGCUUACACGUACACAGAUGGCUUUUGCUGAACCAAAGUAAACCAAAUGAGUUGAAGGCUACUAUUGUCCAUGCUGAUCCUUGGCUUACAUUCUUUGCAUUGCCUGUAUUAUAAUGUACAAUUUUGUAAUAUACAUUUACAAUAAAUUUUCUUUAUUAAA